AUGAAUAACUUCAUUAUAGCUGCUUGUAUCAUAGCCAUAGAAUUUGGAUAGACUGUGAGCCCAUUUAAUCAUUUAUCCUGCAGUGAAUCUAUUUAUCAUAUGAAUAAAUUUCCUAUUGUUAAUUUCAAAUACUUUUCAUCUUCUAUCAACUAUCUGCCCACCAGCAAGAGGAUGUUGCCUAAAUGGAUCAACAUACUCAGAUACAUCAAAAUGCUCAACUGGAACAACCAUACAUUUACAUUAUUAUUUCAUAGAUAUGGAUAAAUUUUGUUUAUCAAAAGUAUUGUUAAUAAUACAUAUCUAAAACCUGUCCAAUCAUCGACAGCUUAUCUUUAAAUUAAUUGGAGCAACUUGUCAAUAAUCAGUAUAUGGAUAUCACAAACUGAGGCAACAUGUUUGUCUAUCCACCUUCAGGAAUAUCAGUUCAACAAUGCACUUGUAAUACUUUAGGAUCAACUUGAAUAAUGA